UCUACUAUCACCAUUCCCAAAAACGACGCAACACGAGACUGUUGCUUUGAACUCUGAAUCGCUUCGCCUGCAUCUCUGAUGAGAGUCUUCCAUCCAUGCUCCUCCGGCGCCCGAUAGAGCCAACCCCUCUGCAGUUACUCGGAGCAGAAAAGCCAUGACGGCGAUCUCUAUUUGCAUAAAUUCACUCUCUUCUCCUCCCCCUCUUCCUUGCAGUUUCUCCUCUUCACUGCCAAACGUUAAACUCCUCUUUCACCGCUGCUGUAGAAAUAAAACCCUAAAACAGAAGCGAAUCACGUGCAGGGCGGACCUAUCACACGACGCGCCAUUCGCCGCCGCAAUUGGCGCUUGUGUGCUUACUACUCUGGUUCUACCAGUGAGUACUAAUCCGGACGAUGAUGGUAGUUCCGCUAUGGAUUCGACGGACACGAGGUUUGGUGUCAUGGGGAUUAUCGGUUUUAUACCUUACUUCAAUUGGCUGAGUUGGGUUUUUGCGUGGCUUGAUACGGGGAAGAGGCGGUACGCCAUUUAUGCUCUUGUGUACUUGGCUCCCUAUUUGAGGUCAAAUCUAUCACUCUCCCCUGAAGAAAGCUGGUUGCCCAUUUUUAGCAUUGUUGUCUGCAUUAUUCACAUUCAGUUGGAAGCAAGUAUAAGAAAUGGAGAUCUUCAGGGUUUUCAAUUAUUUAGUGACAUCUCAAAACAUCUUCAGAAACCAACAAGAAAGAAGGAUUUUCAGUCGAGCAGGCAUCAAGGAAUCCCUGAGGAGACGAAAAGGAGACGAGUAGAAAAUAAGAAUCUGCCAUCUGCUGAAGAGAAGCAGUCAAGGGACAUCCACAGGCCGGGAGUUCAUCGAAAGCCCUCUGAGCAUCAUGAACACUUGCAUGGAGAUUCGGAUGAAGAUCGGAGGGAAGACUAACAACCUAGCAUCUUGUAUGAUGCAUGUUGAAUGUAUGUAAUAUUGUAUAGUUGGUAAGCUGUCCAACUGGAGAAUCUGAUUCUCUGAAAGCCAUGGAGUUGCAUAAAGACCAGAUGCACAAAAUUUUGGCUGAUGGGUAGUGAGAGUGAGAUUCCCUACCCUUUCUCCAAUUUCCAUAUGUUGAUGGUCAUGCCAGUCUGUGCUACUGAGUGCAAAAACAACCAUAAUUUGUUGUUAUUUUUUCUUCAUAUUAUCCUUUGCUUGUAUAAGGUUUCAGCUUCGCAUGUACUAUUAUUCUUCUACUCUUAUAAAGAUUAAAAACUGAUUUAGUUGAUCAA